UCUUUCCCCGCUUGCAGCAAAGCGCUCCUUACAGGUCAUCUACAUAAGGCAGCCUGCGAACGACGUCCGCUCAGGAUGUCCCUGGCCCGACUCUCGAAGCAUGGGACUACGGUAUGCUCGUCCCGGCACCUGGUUAUCCCCAGCCUCAGACCCUGAUCUCCCUGAAACAAGUCUCGGAGUCGGUCCACUACAUCUACACAAAGACCUCGGCUCUACCAUCUCAAUCGAUAGCGACAUCGAGCUCCCAAGGCUUGCGGCCGCCCUCAGUGACUUCGCGCAAUGGGCAUUCGGCCCCAAUGGCUUCCCAACACUCCGUAUCAUUGCCUUCGACGACUUCUUUACGGAAAACGAUAUACGGACACCAAUGUGCUUCUUUGUAGGAAGUCCGAGUGCGCUCGAGCUGGCGAGCGAGAGGAACCUGGAGUGCCUUUUCGUCGACUUUGGCGGGAUGAUUGGGAGCUAGUGGGUCUUCUGGAGAAGUAUGCUAAUGUUCUGGAAGCUUGUCCUGCAGAGCCGAUUCUUGAGUUUUUUUGAUACACACUUUAAGGGUGAUAGGCGCUAGGGUCGUUGCUGGUCAUAAUCCCGAAAAACCCAGAGCAGUCGCAGUGCAUCCUUCUUCUUCCCUUUCCUUCGCUGCAAGCAACCUUAAAAGUUUCAUUGUGUUUCAAGUCACCGUAAACCUGAGAAGGCAGGGGCAGCUGCUGAUCGUCCGCUUCAUCCUUUCAUUGCUUUAAUCCAUUUAGCUUUUCAGUCUAAAGAAGUUUAGCAUUUGUUGAAGUAACUGGAAGUAGUCUAUAGCAACAUCAAUCCUCGAAUGCUCUUCUUUCUUGGAUCGAGAGGGUGCAUAUCCGGCCCCA